AUGGCUUGCUUGUUUGAAAAUCGAAAAUUCAUAGAAAACGCCGUACGCCACGUUAAAAGUACGCUGAACGUAAGCGAAGCGCAGGGAUUUGCUAAUGAUGACGAAGUGGUAGUGGCGGAUGGCUUUAGGAACAACAGCGCAGAAAAUGAAGCUAAAAUAUUCGUCUUGGGGUCAUAUAUCGGCAUAUUCAAGGAGGAUCUGAUCACGGUGACCGCCACCGAACGUAUCACGCUCACAACUGUUAUGUCGUUGUUGCUGAUUAUUUCGGUAUGUGGCAACAUCUGCUCGUUGCGUGCGAACAUGCGACGACAACUCCGGCCGUUUUUUCGUGCUUGCCUCAUAUCGCUGGCGAUUAGCGAUUUGAUUAACACCACCUUCCUCACAAUGGCCUAUUUGAGUCAAAUAUUACAGGAAUAUUCGCAGGUUUGGCUACUUGGAAGCGGCAUGUGCCGAGUGGUGCCCUCCAUCACCACUGCCGCGAUUUUGGUGAGCUCAAUAACGCUUGUCGGCAUAGCAAUGGAUCGUUAUUUUGCCGUUAUGUGCGCGGUAAUUAGUUUUUGGAAUCCGGGUGUCAUUUUCUGUGUGCUUAGCAUGCUCGCCUUAUGGGCAGCAGCCAUUGGCACUUCAUGGCCGGUGUCUCGUGUCUAUGAAUUACACGCCGUUCACAUACUAACGAGGCACUGGAUUCCUGUACCCAACACGUACAACACUACAAUUGCUAGUGCCGGCUCAGCUACUGUAACAACAGCAACAACAGCAGCGGAAUCUUACACAUCUAUGCCUACGUUAUAUGAAACCUCUGCCGAAACAGUAAUAAAAAGCGCUUGGGAACAACACACCGGCAACAACAAUCAGUCUUACGCCAUGCUGAUGACGUCUGAGCUGGUGAUGAUGUGCAUAUCCAAUCAGACCUUCUAA